UGCAUACAUUGGUCUUUGUUAUUUGCCCAAAUCCGACGCUGUCCCCAACUGCAAACAGACACGUACUUAAGCACGUACUCCACCAAUGGGGGCGGUCCCACCUGUUACGGGUCGGGGGGCCCCUGCUCUUACAAGCCUGGUUCCGGGAUGUAGGCCCGGGCAUUACACAAAUCCGGGUUUUACGAAACAUUCAGGCAGUGGACGAUGCGACUCGACAAUUUGCUUGUCCUGUUUUUUGUGAGGAGAAUACUUUUUGUUUUUCGGCCUAUGUUUUGAAUUCCGGUGAGCUAUACUUGGUCUUGGUUUUCUCACACAAGACCGAACGACAAAAACUUCUGUCAGAAUUUAGCGUAAACAAUUUUUGUGGAAAGACUUGUAAUUGCGUCAGCAGUGUUUCGGACGACUUGACUCCGUUCUGCUGUUUGGACUUCAAAGAUUCGUUUGAACAAUCUCUGGAGACCCGGAAGUUUACUUAAGACUGUCGCCGCUCUACAGUCUUGCCGCUGGCCACGCAACUUCGCUCUAGGAUUCCUUAGCAGUGGAGAAAUUUUGUUUGCUGGGGCGAUUAUUAGAAAGCUCUCCUGGUUUGUCUGCUUUGUGGUUUUUGCCCCGGGCGACCGAGUCACCUGUUGGCGCUCGCGCGGAAAAAAAUCCGGCCGCACAUCGAUCGUCUGCGCGCCUGUCCGUCAGCCAACCUGUUGGACGACGUGUCAAAACAAGAUGGCGGCGCUCGUGUUUUGGACGAUAAUCUUUGCCACUCUAUUGAACUUCUCGUCUCAGCAACUACGACGAGACACGACAGCCGCACGACAGAUGUCGAUGGUCGUGGACAAGAAGUCCCUGGCAGAACAAGACUUCGUACGUGUGCUGAACGCGCCGGAAUUUUUCACCGCUGAACCGGGUUUGAGCGUGCCCGUUGAAUACCGCUGCAGCAAAGACCGAGUCAUGGGUCUCGACGUUCGGGCUAGCUCGCUCGUCAGAAACAACGUGGACAUCUUCAAAUUCAGGUGGCAAUGCGAAAAGACGGUGGGGCGCCCCAAAGUCCGAACGGUACACGUCGACCUCCCCGACACCGUUCUAUACAGGGAAGACCGCUUGGUCCGGAGGGCCGUUUUUGUAACCUCAAUGGAGCUGCGAGUCUGGCUGAUAGACAAAUCACUAUGGACACAAUACAAAAUGAACCACUACGUUAGAUCAUUGGCAAAAGUCAGCUAUCCCAUGAAACCCGUCCCGCCUUACUCCAGACCUCCCAAAGACCAUAAACUCUGCUGGAGAUGGGACGUAGACAUGAUUGACAGGUACGCAGACGACUUUAAGUCAGCGAACUGUUCGCUGGAGCCUGAGGUGGUCGACUUCUUCACGUUCCCCGUGGCCUUCGGCGGACACAAACGCGGGGUCGUCAAGGAACUGCCGAAGUUUAAGGACCUGGCGCUGAGGAAACACAUGGGAGAAAUCGCCACAAAAGCGACAUGGACGCUGAGCGUGUGGGUGUAUCUGCAGAAGUACUGUGGUAUGAACCUGUGCGGACUCUACCACAAGGCGGGCACGGACGACUUCUACCUGACUCCGGUCCUCUUCGUCACCGACACGGGGCACCUGUUCGUACAGGUGGCAAUGGUUCCUCAACAACUGCACGCGGUGUUGUCGAUCUUCAAGCUCCCCCUGCGCGAAUGGUUUCGCCUGGAUUUCACCCUAGACGGGAACUACUUUAACAAUACCAUAACGUACGGACCCAACUUCUCCAAACAGUACUUCAUGGAGAACCACUUCCCCAGGACUGUCUACUUUGACGACUUCAGCGGCCGACACGUUUUCGGCGGGACGGACGUCGGCCUCCAGGCCAUCAAGGGCUUCAUGGCUCACGCGAGACUUUACCGAACUCACGCGAUACCGCAUGACGUCAUACCCAUCCCUCCCGCCACCGACCCCAUGUUUGCGAUCGAGUUGCCGCAGGAGUACAAAAACUGCGAAGUUUUUAAAAGCUACACCGACAUCAAACUACGGCAUUACAGAAUUCUGAAAGAAGAAGUGUUAAGGAGGAGAGUUUGUUUGAGUUUUUAUGCGGAAAUGAUGCAGAGGUAUCGGCGUGGGUAUGUGGACCCAGGUUUAACUUGCCCAGUCUAUACAGAACCAUCUCAACCGCGAUACGCAGCGACGAACGCACUCAUCAGAAAACAGGUCGCAAAGUAUGCGCGUAUCCGCAGUCUGAACGACAAGGACUUGUCCGAUGACCUGUACCAGAAAGCCAUCGAUACCGUAGACGUGGAGGGACUGCGAGGGGUCGUGGGUUCGAUUCCCAUGCUGCAGCAGUCGGCGUGCCUGCGUGGCGGAAAGGCAGCGUACCUGUUGUCGGUGCUGUACACCAACGGCGCCGGCGUCAAGGCCGACCAGGUCCGGGCCUGGCGGUACGGACUCCUCGCCGCCCAGCUCAGCGGGAAGCUCGGUCUGAUGUCCAUCGCGCACAAGCACCACUUCGGGUACGACGGCUAUCCGAUCGACGACGACAUCGCCUACAUCUACUACAAGAACAUCGCCGACCAGACCCAGAGGGACCGCGACGAGCACGUCGAGGACGACGUCUACACCGAGACCAUCCGCCUCACGGACACCAACGCGAUGAAGGAGAUCACCAACGAGAACGACGACCUCUUCCUGUGGCUGAAGUUCCAGGCUAAGAAGGGAGUGACCGACGCGCAGGCCGCCAUGGCCCGUAUGCUGUUCUGGGGACAACAAGGCAUCAAGCGAAACCUCCAGGCGGCCUUCAGGUAUUACGAAAUGCACGCGCAGCAGGAACCCAAGAACCCAGAGGCUCUGUACGACUACGGUAUCGUCAUGUUGAAGGGGCAAGGCGUAAAGAAAGACGUAAAGAAGGCCAUGAACACGCUGAACAAGUCUGCGGAACUAGGAAGUCCCGCGGCGAUCAACGCUCUAGGCUGGUACGCGCUCAACCACGAGGGCAACGCCACGAAAGCGGCGCACUACUUCCACCAGGCGGACCAGAAGGGGAACCACGACGCGCCGCAUAACCUAGGCCACCUGUACUGGUCCGGAGCCUACCCGGGUCUGAAAAAACCCGACAGGGCCAAGGCGUUCGAGUGUUACUGGCGGUCUGCGCAACGAGGGCACAUCGAGGGGUCCAUCCAGUCCUCCAUGAUGUUCUAUAACGGGUACGGUCUGCAAGAGCGAAACGCGUACAACGGCGCCAUAUGGUCCCGCUUCAUCGCUGAAAUGAGCCCGGAACUCGGCAAGACUUUGCGCAACGGUCUCCUGGCUUUCCGGCAAAAGAACUGGUCUAAAUCGCUGCUGUUCUACCUCCUUGCGGCGGAGGCCGGGUUGGAACAGGGAGAAUUCAACAUGGCGUACCUCUGCGAGGAGAACCCCGAGGGGCUAGCCGAAAGUUUCAUCGAGAAGGACUGUAAGUGGAAGUACUACAACCUGUCCACGCUAGCCGAGUGGCCAAGCUCGUACGCGCAGAUCAAGAUGGGUGACUUCCACUGGUACGGCUGCGGCGGCAAACGCGACGUGUCCUCAGCCGUGAAAAUGUACGCGAAGGCAGCGGUACAGCAAGACCCCCAGGGGCUGUACAACCUGGCCUACCUCGUGGGAGAGGGCGUAGAAAUCGAAAAUUUGACACUUUUAAAAAUAGGAAUCGAUCCGAUACAUAAGGCGAACAAUGUUACCCUGAUGUCGGAGUUCUAUAGCCGCUGUCGCGAGUCGAGAAACUCGGAGGCCUUCAUUCCCUGCACGCUGGCUUUGGCGCGAGUCCAACUCUUCGACAUCUGGCAAAAGUACCAGGGCUUCCUCAAGCUGUCCAGCGUCCUCGGCGUUGCCAUGGUAACGUCGCUGACGGCAUUUGCCGUCCAUGCCCAUAUUAGGGCAAAUAGACAAGACGUGGAUACAGUAUAACACCGCAGAGGGGCAUAGACAAUACACAAUGUAAUUUUUGGAAAAGAGGAAUUUUAUUUAAAAUCAUAAACUCCAAUAGUUAAAAACAAUGCUAAAUGGAAAUUAGAAGGGUCACAGACAUCAGUGAAAAGGGCUUCAUGAUUUUUAUGGCCAGUGAAAAAAGAAAAGUGCCAUUUGUGAAGCUGGUGUGUUACGCCGCGGAAGGUGGUUAUAUACCAGCUAUAUAAUAACAAAGAGUUUAUUCUUAUUGAAACACAUUCAUAAAUAUCGUGGCCAGACCCUCCAACUCUGACCUUUCACUUUCUACAUAAUGUAACCCAGCACUACAGGAGUCUGGUACAGCCACAGUUACCAUGCUGACAGACGUCUGGUCCAGGUUAUUGACCUUACUAAAUAUUUGUUUGGAGAAAAAGAAAAGAAGAAACAGAGCAAAAGCGAUGUUUCCUUCCGCGAAGGUAAACAUUAAGUUGUAGUUUAUUGAUAAUAUUUUUGAAAAGACCUAUCUUGAUGAAUAUUUGGAUUGGACAAAUUUUGGGGUAGGUGUAAUAAUCAUGUUGGUAAUUUCUCAGGCAUAUAGAUGUGCAAUAUGUGAUGUAAUAUUUUAGAGUAUGUCUUACAAAAUGAUUCAGGAUUGUA